AUUUCAACUCAGAGACGCCAAGGAAGAACUCUCUACCCCACAGUGCCUGAGAACGCCGAGAAGGAGGCACAGAGUCUGUUUGUCCAAGAGGUAAGAUCCAAGAGUGCAAUAACCCUGCAGGAAUUAACCUUUGUGCAGGGAGAGCGGUGGUUUUAUUGACAGUUAGAUGUUGGCAUUGAGAUGUGCCAUUACUUGCACCAUGCAGCCAUAUUAAAAACGGACAUUAGAGUCAGUCUUCAGCCAGCUUCUGACCUGGCAUUGAUGUACAUGGCGGUCUGUACAAGAUCAAUAGAUAUGGAAACACACUGGGCUGCACGCACUUUAGGGUCUGUGAUGAUUUCCCCAUUGUUUAUUGAAAGUGUCCAGCCGAACCGAACUUCCAUUUCACCUAGCACAUACUUUUGUUACACAAUGGUGUUUUAUUGUUCAGUACAAGACAGGCUUAGGAAUUAUGGGACGUUACUGGAAGCCAUCCAGUCAACGGGAGUAUUUUCAUUCUCUUCAAUAACAUCUGUUCAGGCCAGGAGACCAAAAAAAACCGAUCAACAGAAUCCAGAUCCAAAGUAAAUGGAUUGUUCUUCAUCCCUUCAGAGCCCUGGUUACAGUAGCACCUCCCUGGUAAAGCCUGGCAAAUGCCUUCUGCAACUAAGUGGUUGUCACGUUCGUUGAUUGACGGGACGGACCAAGGCGCAGCGUGAUAUGCAUACAUGUUUAUUUAUACUGAAUAAACACCACGAGAAAACAACAAAUGAAACGAAACGUGACGUCCAAGGUAGACAAACAACAUACCUCACACGGAACAAGAUCCCACAACCCACUAGUGCCAAUAGGCUGCCUAAGUAUGGUCCCCAAUCAGAGACAACGAGCGACAGCUGCCUCUGAUUGGGAACCACACCGGCCAACAUAGAUCUACACAUAAUAGAAUAUCAACAUAGAAAUGCACAACCUAGAACAUACACACCCUGACUCAACAUAUACGAGUCCCCAGAGUCAGGGCGUGACAGUGGUAUUGAAAUCGAUCUUGAAAUCAGAAUAUAGUCAGGCUUUACUGUACAUUGUGAUCCCAUACCGUAGUCUAUUAAGUAGUUAAUAAAGGUUAAAUGAAAAAAUAGGACAGUCUGACCUUAACCCUUUACAUUCGUGGGAAUUGGCCUUUAUGGAUAGGGCUGCAUUGAAAUGUUUCUUACAGAAGAAAUAUACAUUUACAUUACAUUUAAGUCAUUUAGCAGACGCUCUUAUCCAGAGCGACUUACAGUUAAUGAACACAUUAUUAUUUUUUUAUACUGGCCCCCCGUGGGAAUUGAACCCACAACCCUGGCGUUGCAAACGCCAUGCUCUAUCAACUGAGCUACAUCCCUGCCGGCCAUUCCCUCCCCUACCCUGGGCCAAUUGUGCGCCGCCCAUGAGUCUCCCGGUCGUGGCCGGCUGCGACAGAGGCUGGAUUCGAACCAGGAUCUCUAGUGGCACAGUUAGCACUGCAAAGCAGUGCCUUAGACCACUGCGCCACUCAGGAGUACAUGAAAAGCAUAUGCGUAACCAUGGUAGAAAUUGAAAGGGAACAGUUUGGUGAUAAUGGGAGAAUUAUUAGACCAAAGUUGACUGCACAAAAAAGUUCACCAGACACAAGACUGAAUCCAAAACAUUACACUGUUGAUUUUAUGUGCAUUUUACAUUCACUGUACUUUUUGCCGCAUUUGUUGAUAACGAAAUCUGAAUUCUCUGGACAGUAACAUGAUAAAACUAUUCCUGGAAAGUGUGGGGGUAGGUGCAACGUAAGACAAAAAAAAGUACAAUGGUUUGAGAGAGAGGAAUAACUGCUGUCUCCAAAGUGUGCACAGUUACCAAGUAAUUUCAAUGCACGUUUAUGACUCAAAGAAGAGUCUUCAACUAUAAGGUACUUUUUUUUUUUAGCUCUCCUAGCUGUGCUGUUGAGGAACUACAGUAAACACACUUGUAGUUGUUUUGUUUGGAACACAGCCCUGCAUCCCCUCCAUCACACAAUUACUGGUUGUUGUUUACGCAAUCCAAAAACGGUCCAUUUAUAAAUCGCAAUCUGGGUCAGGUGGGCAUGAUUUGAAAGCUUGUUCUAUUGCCAACAUGACUAGCUAAGUUAUAAAAUGCAAUGUUAUAGCGUUAGGUUUUCACAAAGGAAUUCAGAGAAACAAAUCGUCAUUUCGAAUGCUCAUAGAACGCAGUCAUGAGUGCAUUCAUGUGUGUAUGAUGUUGUGUCCAAAUCUGCAAUUUUCAACCUGUGUGUGGGUACGAGUGUAAAGGGCUAUAGUCUUGCUUAAACACACAAUCUACCUGAGCCACACAGUGGUUUGCUGUCCUUGUGUCCUGUGUGAACAGUUGGACACUUAAUGGACACACUGCUUCCAGUUUAACGCUGAAAGCUCUGUAAACCAGAGGCAACUGGCUGCUGACCACUCAGGUCAUGGGGUCAGAGUUUAGGGAGUCCAGUCUUCAGUAAUGGAGAAACACCUUUUGGUCAGGUGCAAUAUGAUAUCAGCAGGACAGCUGCAGAGUACAAGCCGCUCUGUUUUCCAUUCCUAUAGCCUGAUCAGAUUUCCUUUCCUCGGCAGCAGGACUCCCCUGUCAGGCCACUUCUUGUAAACUGCACACAACUCUAUAUAAAUACCAUUCUGUAUGUUCAUAUCAAUCAGUGACAGAUGUCUCCCCCCAGAUUGAGAGAUGUAGAUGGAUAUGUUCCCUCCCAGUUCGGACGGGGUUCCUCUAAUGCCUACUUGAUGAUCCCUGAAGUCUGGGGUGAAGCGUCAAACACACACGCCUUAAAAGUUCCUGCUCUGGAGUAACUGUGGAUGGGAGACAUGACAGCAGCCUUUGUAUUGGACUAUGAACUCCUCUUUACUGGACUGCCAGGCUCCCCAAACAAAGCUGAAGUGUUUUGGUAUUUGGUAUUUAUUAGGAUCCUCAUUAGCCGCUACAAAAGCAUCAGCUCCUCUUCCUGGGGUCCACAUGAAAUAUGACAUAAUGUAUAGUACAGAACAUUAUUAGUUAAGGACUCAACUACAUACAUUUAAAACGUCACACAUAGCCUACAUAUCUGUUCCCAGACAUAACUAUGGAGUGGAUCAUAAUUUAGAUAUAUGUCAUACUACUCUCAUCAUAAAACAUUUCCUUUUCUAAUUGCAAGAUUUGACUCAACCAAAAACUCUACCAUUUUAAUCCCCCCCCCCCCCCCUAAAAAUAAAUAAAUAAAUAACUAAGUUGAUAUCUAGGGUAUAAGAUGAGACAAAGUCGCCAAGUGUUUCUUAAUCACAGACUUUUUAAAAUAUGAACUUUUCAGUCAUCAAGUACUAAAUGUGAAGGCGGAUGAGAAAGUGGCCCUGCUGAGCUACUGAUUCUCUUUUCAGUCAACUAAUCUGCUCAAGAUGAGCAUUCCUCAUAUGUAGGAAGAAUGAGACUUAGUUCGGUUAACACAGAUUGGUUGUUGUGUGCGCUUGUAUGAAUGUUUCUUGUUUUUUUAGACUAAAUAUUUUGAAACUGUGUCUCGUAGUCCCCUGUAGCUCAGUUGGUAGAGCAUGGCGCCUGCAACGCCAGGGUUGUGGGUUCGAUUCCCACGGGGGGGCCAGUAUGAAAAUGUAUGCACUCACUAACUGUAAGUCGCUCUGGAUAAGAGCGUCUGCUAAAAUGACUAAAAUGUAAAUGAUUUACACAUGAAAGCCAUUGAUUGUCUCUCUCUCUUUAUUUUAGUGCAUCAAGACCUACAACUCUGACUUGCAUGUCGUUACUUACAAGUACGAGGAUUACUCCGGGGACUUUCGGCAGCUUCCAAAGUAAGCCUGUUGUUCAGAACGGUUGUCUUGACAGUACAAUGUUGUAUAUCGUGUAACCAAGUGGUGACUUCCUCCUGGGCAAGUUAGUACAGCUACCCUCUAAUGUAGGCCGAGAUUUCACACUAAAGUCCACGCACACGCACACACGUGUCAGACAGUGUCAGGCUGUCUGUAAUCUUCAAUCAGCCUUAGUUACUGAUUGGUGAGGAGAUUUUGGCAUGGAUACCCUACAAGGAAAUACAGGUUUUAUUUUUUUAACCCGCAAUAACAACGGAGACUUCCUGUUCAAGACAAACUCAGGUUAUUCCUGGAGCAGUGGGAUUUAGUCAGGGUGGAAACCACCCCCGGUUCUAAGAGUGUGUCAUUAGUUCCAGGAAUAUGGUUUCAAGUGUCAUCGUGGUGGAAUUUGGACAUAAAAUGAAGCUGCCCCGACCUUGAGACUUGCCAUUGAUGUCAACAGCCCUUUGGUUAACAUUCAGUGUCCAGGGAGGGGAAAUUGAAACAAUGAAAUAUGACACAAAUUUUUACAAUGGUUUUCCUGGGUUUAAUUAGUUCGAGCUUCCUAUGUAAGUGGGACCUGUACUGUACAUUACAUUAGGUUUAAUUUCUUAUAUCAAUGAAUGACCUCUGAUAGAUAAUGAAUGACCUCUGACCUCCCGAUAGAUAAGAUACAAUCCUAUAUCCAUAUCCUUGUGUUUUACAGCAAAGUGUGCAGACCAGACAAACUGGCUGUCCACGUUUUUGAGAUUGAUGAAGAUGUCGAUAAAGAUGAGGUAAGUGAAUGUCUGUAGAAAGUUACAAAUAACCAACUAUUUAGCUAAGCCACUUGUGCUUAUUCCAAUCAGCUUUUACCUCAACUCUUGACCCUCAACCUGGCCCACCAGCUCCAUGUACAAAUCAUCCUUAAUACGAAUAAUCCUCCAUACAGACAGACAGACAGACAGACAGACAGACAGAAUAAUUAAUUAGGUUUCCAUGCUCCCCUAAGACAGAUUGUUGUGUUUAAAUAGCACAUGUUGUGUCUAAAUAGCGCAUGUUAUGUCUAAAGAAUAAAGGGUAAUUAACUGCAGGACUUUGGUUCGCUGGCCGCCUCUCAAAUGGUCUCUGGUUCUCUACUCUGCUUCUCAUGCAGAGGUUCAUGUGUUCACGGUCCCAGACUCCUCACUCCUCACAGCUCAUGGGUUUGGCCCUUUUUGUUGUGAGCAAAUUAUUUUACAUUUCGUGACUGCCUGAUAAUACAACUGUGAAACCUUAGCUAGAAACCUUUGGUCUGUGAACCAUAGAGAUGUAUAAUUCUGCUGUGAACAGUGUAAAUUAGUCUUUGUUGGCCUUGAAGUGUCUUGUGAGACUGGGAGUCAGUGCACACCAGGGAGGCUAUGGGGUCACCUGUGAUCAAGCCAACCCUGAAGGGAGGCUGGAUCACUGAUGCCUAUAGAAACCCUCAGAGGGACGGUGUUCUUUAGUGCAUCACCCGAGGCAGUCUCAGGCUGUUGAUGACGCUGAUGUUAUGCUUGCAUCUCUUAAACUGCUAGGGUCAUGUUGACAUUUGCAUCUGUCACAUUCAUGUGAAUUAUGUCUCCUUUAUGUCGUGUCAGUCAAUGCUCCCCUACAGGCAUUCCAUAGCAAAGGUCUUUAGAGUAAUAAAGGGCGGCAGGUAGCUUAGUGGUUAAGAGCGUUGUGCCAGUAACCGAAAGGUUGCUGGUUCUAAUCCCCGAGCCGACUAGGUGAAAAAUCUGUCGAUGUGCCCUUGAGCAAGGCACUUAACCCUAAUUGCUCAUGUAAGUCGCUCUGGAUAAGAGCGUCUGCUAAAUGACUAAAAUGUAAAUGUAAUAUUUAUAGGGACUCGAGUGACCUUAUUCACUUAUCUGUGAUUUAGGCAAAUGGAUUGUUGAGCCGAGAGACUAGCCCAGGUCACCAGAGGUCAGGGCCUGACCACUGAACCCCUCAGUCAAAGACAGGACAGUAAGAAGAUAGGCAGAAAGUGCUUCUCCAAUAGAAAUCCCCGAUCACGCUUGUAGGCGAUGUCAUGGCGACGUUGGCUAGCUAAGCUCAUGCGCAGGAACACGUAAUCGUAUCAGAACUCAGGAUAAGACCCAGAUGCAGACAGUUCGAAUCACAGAUGUUUAUUAACAAAACAGGGGGCAGGCAGACGACAGGUCAAGGGCAGGCAGAGGUCGGUAAUCCAGAGCAGAGUCAGUAAGGGACAGAACGGCAGGCAGGCUCAGGGUCAAGGCAGGCAGAGUGGUCAAAACCAGAAACACUAGAAAAACAGGGGCUAGCGAGAAACAGGCAUACGGGAAAACCACGUUGGUAGGCUUGACGAGACAAGACGAACUGGCAACAGACAAACAGAAAACGCAGGUAUAAAUACACAGGAGAUAAUGGGGACAAAUGGGAGACACCUGGUGGGGGGUGGGGACAAGCACAGGACAGGUGAAACAGAUCAGGGUGUGACAGAUCGGGUCUAACGGUCGUCCCGCGCUGAACUGCGCAUGUGCAGCCCAUCAAAUCAAAGGCACUCUUUUGAUAUAAUGUUGUUUUUGCUGAAAAUGUUUGUCACUUUCACCAGUCGGAGUAAUAACAUGUUCAACUACUUAAGACGUUGUCUCAAAUCUAGAUUGUGUCUUUAGAUGUCGAGAAAAUUAACAGCUAAGGAAGAAUCUUUCACUUCUCUCAUUGACUUCUCGAACCCCAAACCCCGGCCUGGUCUGCUUCGCAAGCAUUCCCGGAAGUCUCGCGAUGUUGCGUCUCUGGGUUUUGAAACUCUGAGCCUCAGUGAACAUUAGAACUGAGAGGGGAGGGGCAUUAGAUCUGACGGGGGGGGGGGGGCAUUAGGAGGGGCAUUAGAUCUGACAGGGAGGGGCAUUAGAUCUGAUGGGGGGGGGGCAUUAGAUCUGAUGGGGGGGGGGGCAUUAGAUCUGAGGGGGUGGGCAUUUGACUGACGUAUGUGAGGGGGGGGGGCAUUAGGUCUGACAGUGGUGUGGGGCAUUAGGUCUGACAGGGGAGGGGCAUUUGUAUCCUAGCUACAGACCCCUCAGUCACACGCAGGGAAGUGGGCCUUCUCCGAGCAGAUGAUAGUUAUGAUAGUUAAGGAAGUGGGCCUUCUCCGAGCAGAUGAUAGUUAUGAUAGUUUAAGGAAGUGGGCUUCUUCUCCGAGCAGAUGAUAGUUUAUGAUAGUUUAAGGAAGUGGGCCUUCUCCGAGCAGAUGAUAGUUAUGAUAGUUAAGGAAGUGGGCCUUCUCCGAGCAGAUGACAGUUAUGAUAGUUAAGGAAGUGGGCCUUCUCCGAGCAGAUGAUAGUUAUGAUAGAUAGGGAAGUGGGCCUUCUCCGAGCAGAUGACAGUUAUGAUAGAUAGGGAAGUGGGCCUUCUCCGAGCAGAUGAUAGUUAUGAUAGAUAGGGAAGUGGGCCUUCUCCGAGCAGAUUGACAGUUAUGAUAGUUAAGGAGUGGGCCUUCUCCGAGCAGAUGAUAGUUAUGAUAGAUAGGGAAGUGGGCCUUCUCCGAGCAUGAUGACAGUUAUGAUAGAUAGGGAAGUGGGGCCUUCUCCGAGCAAUGAUAGUUUAUGAUAGAUGGAAGUGGGCCUUCUCCGAGCAGAUGAUAGUUAUGAUAGUUAAGGAAGUGGGGGCCUUCUCUCGAGCAAUGAUAGUUAUGAUAGUUAAGGAAGUGGGCCUUCUCCGAGCAGAUGACAGUUAUGAUAGUUAAGGAAGUGGGCCUUCUCCGAGCAGAUGAUAGUUAUGAUAGAUAGGGAAGUGGGCCUUCUCCGAGCAGAUGACAGUUAUGAUAGAUAGGGAAGUGGGCCUUCUCCGAGCAGAUGAUAGUUAUGAUAGAUAGGGAAGUGGGCCUUCUCCGAGCAGAUGACAGUUAUGAUAGUUAGGGAAGUGGGCCUUCUCCGAGCAGAUGAUAGUUAUGAUAGAUAGGAAGUGGGCCUUCUCCGAGCAGAUUGACAGUUAUGAUAGAUAGGGAAGUGGGCCUUCUCCGAGCAGAUGAUAGUUUAUGAUAGAUAGGGAAGUUUGGCCUUCUCCGAGCAGAUGACAGUUAUGAUAUAGUAGGGAAGUGGGCCAUUCUCCGAGCAGAUGAUCAGUUAUGAUAGAUAAGGGACGUGGGGCCUCUCCGAGCAUAUGACAGUUAUGAUAGAUUAAGGAAGUGGGCCUUCCUCCGAGCAGAUGAUAGUAUGAUAGAUAGGGAAAGUGGGCCGUCUCCAGGCAGAAGAUGACAGUUAUGAUGAUAUGGGAAGUGGGCCUUCUCCGAGCAAAUGAUAGUUAGGAUAGAUAGGGAAGUGGGCCUUCUCCGAGCAGAUGACCGUUAUGAUAGAUAGGGAAGUGGGCCUUCUCUGAGCAGAUGACAGUUAUGAUAGUUAAGGAAGUGAGCCUUUUCUCCUGAAAUCCCCAAAUAAAUCCUCUCUCACACACACACACACACACAGAAACCCCAGCCCCAUGUCUGUUCAUGUAUUUAAAGACAACAGCAUUACCACAAGGCAGGGGUAAAGUGACCAACAUGAAAACGUUUAUGGUCAAAUGUGUAAUUGAUUAUGGAAUUAUUCUGCACUGUGUUGCAUCUAAGGUUGAUUGAUACAACAGUUCAGUUAAUCUGGUUGGUUUGGGUGUUACCAGGCAACAUUUGCAGAGCUUUGGGGUUCACUGUAAGCAAACACAAGUAAAUUGUCUGGUCCUCUGGUUGACUGGCGUCUUCUGGCCAGAGGGUGAUAACUGGAAGCAGGCCAUGAACGUUUCCAGACCCUCCUCUGAUAUGCUGAAAAUAUUCUGCGCUCUGCCAACACCUUUAAAGAUAUUUUACUGGAUGAGAGGGGAUAGUAAUCAUGUCAUACAAAGUCAUCUUGAAAACCCAUUAAUUAUUUGUCCGUUUCUAAAAGCGUCUCUGGAACAUUGGGUUUUACCUUCUGUAGUCUGUCAAAGAGAAGAGGCGUGAACACUCUGGACAUGUGGAGGACCUGAUGGAGACCAGGCCAGGGGUAAAACGCUGGUGCCCUAUCUCCUCUUCCCUUUUACUACUCCCCUAAUUGAUUUAUUUACACAGAUCAUUACGCCUCUGGAAGUCUUCAUGGAAUAGAGAUGGUAGCCGUGUGUUUCGUCAUGUGUUCUCUUUGCCAAUGGAUUGGAUGGUUUCAUGAUAAUAGCUGAGAAUUGGGAUGAAAUGGUCACGAGCAGAAGCCAUGGAGAGGGGCUGUUUAUUUGGGUUCAUAGUGGAGGUUAGUUGAAUAUGCUGGCUGCUUGUUUGGAGUCCAAUAGACCUACACUCUUAGAAAAAAAAGGUGCUAUCUAGAACCUAAACGGGUUCUUCAGCUAUACCAUAGUAGAACCCUUUGAAGAACCCUUUUUGGUGCCAGGUAAAACCCUUUCCACAGAGGGUUUUUACAUGAAACCCCAAAAGGGUUCUACCUGGAACCAAAAAGGGUUCUACUUGGAACCAAAAAUGGUUCUCAUAUGGGGACAGCCGAAGAACCCUUUUGGAGCCCUUUUUUUUCUAAGAGUGUCCAUCAAACUGAGGCUGUUCUCAUCUCGCCACGUCUCCUAUACUGACAUUUAUAUCAACCACAGGAUCAAAGGGCCUUGCACAGAGCGUGGGUCCAGGUCAUGUUUUGAUGUGGUGCCGUGUAUGUGAUUGUGUAUGUGUGUUUCUUGAGUGUGUCUGAGCCCAUGCUCAUGUCUCAACCAGGACACAGCCUCCCUAGGUUCCCAGAAAGGAGGGAUCACCAAGCAUGGCUGGCUGUACAAAGGCAACAUGAACAGUGCCAUCAGUGUCACCAUGAGGGUGAGUGAUCCUAAUGGCGACGAUGACACGAGCUAUCUCUAUGAGGAAUGACUUUACACGGUGUGCCAGAUGUGAGCAAUAGUCCGUGCUCGUGUCUCCAGUGACAGAAGGAUGUAGCUAGAUUUUCAUCAACACCAUUUAUCAGACAAGCUGAUGGAUUUUGUGAAAUAUUUAUGGUCUUGAGUUCCUCCUAACCAUCUGGGCCCAAAUUAUGCCUCUUGUUCUCUAAUAAUAGAAAUGGGAUUGUUAUUGUUUUACUGUACUUUCCAGUCUUUCAAGAGGAGGUAUUUCCACCUAACCCAGCUGGAUGACAGCUCUUACAACCUGAACUUCUACAAGGAUGAGAAGAUCUCCAAAGAACCCAAAGGAACCAUCUUCCUGGACUCCUGUAUGGGAGUUGUUCAGGUGAUAUUGGGAACUCUGUGUCUAGGGAUAUUGGGAACUCUGUGUCUGGGAUAUUGGGAACUCUGUGUCUGGGAUAUUGGGAACUCUGUGUCUGGGAUAUUGGGAACUCUGUGUCUGGGAUAUUGGGAACUCUGUGUCUGGGAUAUUGGGAACUCUGUGUCUGGGAUAUUGGGAACUCUGUGUCUGGGAUAUUGGGAACUCUGUGUCUGGGAUAUUGGGAACUCUGUGUCUGGGAUAUUGGGAACUCUGUGUCUGGGAUAUUGGGAACUUUGUGUCUGGGAUAUUGUGAACUCUGUGUCUGGGAUAUUGUGAACUUUGUGUCUGGGAAUGUGCUUUGACACCAUAAAUGAUAACAAUGGGAUGAGUUCAGGUCAUCUAGCCAGACAUGCUUCCUUUCCAAAGAUUUUACUUUCGAAAAUAUAUUUACCUGUGUAAAAUGUUAUAUGAUCAGUAAAACUCAGCACAAGUUAAAGCUAGCAACAGUGUAUCAAUGAGGAAAUGUUUCUGUCUGUAUCGCUGCUGGGACCCUUCCCCAAUCCCCAUCUAAAUGGGCUGAAACCAGACAUCAUACUACCAUGCACUUUGCAGCAAUCAAUACCACAUGCUAUAGCUAGCAGGCGCACAUCUCCCAGUCCCAAGACGGGCUUGAAGCAUCAUUAUCUGUCUUCUACACACAAAUGGAUGGAAAGGUCCUGUUUUUACUGACCAAGCAUUCAGCUCACAUUAAUCAGAUGCAUAAAAAGGAGUCAUCAGUGUGGAGUUGAGAGCUCGGGCCAGGCCCUCUCGUGUCUCCUGCCCUACGGAAGUGGCUUUUAUUGGGCCAGAGGAGAGGGAGGGUCCCCUGAAUGGGGUGGGAGUGGAGGCGGAGGUGAGAGUGUGUACUUGGUAUGGAGUGGAGCGUAGUGGGAGUGUGUACUUGGUAUGGAGUGGAGCGUAGUGGGAGUGUGGUACUUGGUAUGGAGUGGAAGCGUAGUGGGAGUGUGUACUUGGUAUGGAGUGGAGCGUAGUGGGAGUGUGUACUUGGUAUGGAGUGGGAGCGUAGUGGGAGUGUGUACUUGGUAUGGAGUGGAGCGUAGUGGGAGUGUGUACUUGGUAUGGAGUGGAGCGUAGUGGGAGUGUGUACUUGGUAUGGAGUGGAGCGUAGUGGGAGUGUGUACUUGGUAUGGAGUGGAGCUAGUGGAGUGUGUACGGUAUGAGUGGAGCGUAGUGGGAUGUGUGUACUGGUAUGGAGUGGAGCGUAGUGGGAGUGUGUACUUGGUAUGGAGUGGAGCGUAGUGGGAGUGUGUACUUGGUAUGGAGUGGAGCGUAGUGGGAGUGUGUACUUGGUAUGGAGUGGAGCGUAGUGGGAGUGUGUACUUGGUAUGGAGUGGAGCGUAGUGGGAGUGUGUACUUGGUAUGGAGUGGAGCGUAGUGGAAGUGUGUACUUGGUAUGGAGUGGAGCGUAGUGGGAGUGUGUACUUGGUAUGGAGUGGAGCGUAGUGGAAGUGUGUACUUGGUAUGGAGUGGAGGUGGGAGUGUGUACUUGGUAUGGAGUGGAGGCGGAGGUUGGGCGGUCACUUGAGUAUAUAUGCUGUGCCUGCCCUCUCAUUUGCUAUCAACGCCCCCCUCACACACACUCCACACGCCACACACACUCCACACACCACACACACUCCACCAACGCCACACACACUCCACCAACGCCACACACACUCCACCAACGCCACACACUCCACCACGCCACACACACUCCACCAACGCCACACACACUCCACCAACGCCACACACACUCCACCAACGCCACACACACUCCACACCCACACCACUCCACACCAACCACACUCCACACUCCACACACCUCCACCAACUCCACACACACUCCACCAACUCCACACACCACUCCACCAACUCCACACACACUCCACCACACGCCACCCACACACUCCACCCACUCCACACCACACUCCACACCCCACACACCACUCCACCACAACUCCACACACACUCCACCAACCCACACCCUCCACCAACUCCACACACACUCCACCAACUCCACACACACUCCACCAACUGCCACACACACUCCACCAACUCCACACACAUCCACCAACGCCACCCCUCAGGAGACUGAAAAGAUUUGGCAUGGGUCCCCAGAUCCUCAAAAAGCUAUACAGCUGCACCAUCGAGAUCAUCCUGACCGGUUGCAUCACCGCCUGGUAUGGCAACUGCUCGGCGCUACAGAGGGUAGUGCGUACGGCCCAGUACAUAACUGGGGCCAAGCUUCCUGCCAUCCAGGACCUAUAUACUAGGCGGUGUCAGAGGAAAGGCCAAGAAAUUGUCAAAGACUCCAGUCACCCAAGUCAUAGACUGUUCUCUCUGCUACCGCAUGGCAAGCAGUUCCGGAGUGCCAGGUCUAGGACCAAAAGGCUCCUUAACAGCUUCUACCCCCAAGCCAUAAGACUGCUGAACAAUUAAUCAAAUGGCCACCCGGACUAUUUACAUUGACAGCCCCCCCCCUCCAUUUGUUUUUACACUGCUGCUACCCGCUGUCUAUUAUCUAUGUAUAGUCACUUUACCCCUACCUACAGUGCCUUGCAAAAGUAUUCAUCCCCCUUGGCGUUUUUCCUAUUUUGUUGCAUUACAACCUUAAAUUGAUUUUUAUUUGGAUUUCAUGUAAUGGACAUACACAAAAUAGUCAAAUAAAUAAAAUAACUUGUUAAAAAAAAAUCUCAAAAAUAAAUAACGGAAAAGUGGUGCGUGCAUAUGUAUUCACCCCCUUUGCUAUGAAGCCCCUAAAUAAGAUCUGGUGCAACCAAUUACCUUCAGAAGUCACAUAAUUAGUUAAAUAAAGUCCACCUGUGUGCAAUCUAAGUGUCACAUGAUCUGUCACAUGAUCUCAGUAUAGAUACACCUGAUCUGAAAGGCCCCAGAGUCUGCAACACCACUAAGCAAGGGGCACCACCAAGCAAGCGGCACCAUGAAGACCAAGGAGCUCUCCAAACAGGUCAGGGACAAAGUUGUGAAGAAGUACAGAUCAGGAUUGGGGUUAUAAAAAAAUAUCUGAAACUUUGAAAAUCCCACGGAGCACCAUUGGGGGGCCGCCCACCAAAACUCACGGACCAGGCAAGGAGGGCAUUAAUCAGAGAGGCAACAAAGAGACCAAAGAUAACCCUGAAGGAGCUGCAAAGCUCCACAGCGGAGAUUGGAGUAUCUGUCCAUAGGACCACUUUAAGCCGUACACUCCACAGAGCUGGACUUUACGGAAGAGUGGCCAGAAAAAAGCCAUUGCUUAAAGCAAAAAAAAUUUGCAAACACGUUUGGUGUUCGCCAAAAGGCAUGUGGGAGACUCCCCAAACAUAUGGAAGAAUGUACUCUGGUCAGAUGAGACUAAAAUUGAGCAGGACUAAGCAUACUGCUAAAGCAACACUCAAGUUGUUUAAGGGGAAACAUUUAAAUGUCUUGGAAUGGUAUAGUCAAAGCCCAGACCUCAAUCCAAUUGAGAAUCUGUGGUAUGACUUAAAGAUUGCUGUACACCAGCGGAACCCAUCCAACUUGAAGGAGCAGGAGCAGUUUUGCCUUGAAGAAUGGGCAAAAAUCCCAGUGGCUAGAUGUGCCAAUCUUAUAGAGACAUACCCCAAGAGACUUGCAGCUGUAAUUGCUGUAAAAGGUGACUCUACAAAGUAUUGAAUUUGGGGGGGUGAAUAGUUAUGCACGCUCCAGUUUUCAGUUUUUUUGUCUUAUUUCUUGUUUGUUUCACCCCAAAAAAUAUUUAGCAUCUUCAAAGUGGUAGGCAUGUUGUGUAAAUCAAAUGAUACCACCCCCCAAAAAACAAUUUUAAUUCCAGGUUGUAAGGCAACCCUCUCCCUCCUCUCCUCUCCUCUCCCUUCCCUCCCCUCCCCUCCCCUCCCCUCCCCUCCCCUCCCCUCUCCUCUCCUCUCCUCUCCUCUCCUCUCCUCUCCUCUCCUCUCCUCUCCUCUCCUCUCCUCUCCUCUCCUCUCCUCUCCUCUCCCUCCUCUCUCUCCUCUUCCUCUCCUCUCCCUCCCCUCUCCCUCCCUCUCCGCUCCCCCCCCUCCCCUCUCCUCUCCUCUCCUCAUCCCUCUCUGCUCCUCUCCUCUCCUCCCUCCCUCUCCUCUCCUCAUCCUCUCCUCUCCUCUCCUCUCCUCUCCUCUCCUCUCCUCAUCCUCUCUCCUCUCCUCUCCUCAUCCUCUCCCUCUCUCCCUCAUCCUCUCACUCUCCUCUCUCUCCUGCCUCCUCCUCUCCUCCCCUCCCUCCUCUCCUUCCUCUCCCCUUCUUUCUCCCUCCCUCUCCCUCCCUCUCCCUCCUUUCUUCUCCCUCCCCCCCUUUUCCUCCCCUCUCCCCCCCUCCUCCCCCUCCUUUUUUUCCUCCCUCUCCCCUUUUCCCUCCUUUCUCCUCUCCUCUCCUUCCUCUCCUCUCCCUCCCCUUCCCCUCCCCUCCCUCUCCUCCCUCCCUCUCCCUCCUCUCCUCUCCUCUCCUCUUCCUCCCUCCUCUCUCUCCUCUCUCCCUCCGUUUCCCCCUCCCUCUCCCCUCCCUCUCCCUCCUUUCUCCUCUCCCCUCCCUCUCCUCUCCCUCCCUCUCGCCUCCUUUCUCUCCCCCCUUUCCCUCUCCUCUCCCUCUCCUCCCUCUCCUCUCCUCUCCUCUCCUCUCCUCCUCCCUCUCCUCUCCUCCCUUCUUUCUCCGCCUCCCUCUCCCUCUCCCUCUCCUCCUUUCCUUCUCCUCCCCUCCUCCCUCCCCUCUCUUCUCCCUCUCCUGCUCUUCUCCCCCCUCUCCCCUCCUUUCUCCCUCUCCCCCUCCCUCUCCCUCCUUCUCCUCUCCUCUCCACUCCUCCCUCCCUCCCUCCUCCUCCCCUUCCCCCCUCCCUCUCCUCUCCUCGUCCCUCUUUCCUCCCUCCUCCCUCUCCUCUCUCCUUCUUUCUCUUUCUCCCUCCCCCUCCCCUCUCCCUCUUUCUCCUGUCCUCUCCCCUCUCUUCUCUCCUCUCCCUCUUCUCUCCUCUCCUCUCUCCCUCCUUUCUCCCUCCCUCUCCACUCUCCCUCCUUUCUCCUCUCCUCUCCGCUCUCUUCUCUAUUAUCCUCUCCUCUCCCCUCUCUUCUCCCUCCUCUCCCAUCCCCUCUCCUCUCUCUCCUCUCCCUCUGCAUAAUGUACUAAGGCUUUGUGUGCUAAACAACAGAGAGAGAGAGCCAUCGGGAGAGGUUGUGUUUUUCUCUAGCAGGAGGUAAGAUUUCUCAUAGGGUGUUGAGUAAAGCUUAAACCAUGUAUUAGAUCGUAGGUAGGUAGUUAGUUGUAGUUAGGUAUUGUAGUUAUUGUAGGUUAGUAUUGUUGUUAUUGUAGGUUUCCGUAGGUAAUUAUUGUAGGUUAGUAUCGAAGCACGAGGCUAGCUAGCUAGCGGGUAGCUACUGGUAACGUUUAGCAACGGUGGAGAGCUGUUUCCAAUGUUAAUGUGCUGCUAGCCAACGUUUAAUUUUUGCUGCGUUAUGCGUUAUGAAAGGAACUAGACACGGACAUGAAUUAUCUGUUUAGUGUGUUAACACACUCUUGGCAGUUUGUUGUAACCAAGUAUUGGUGCUAAACUGUGUGUUAAUGGAUGCUAGCAUGCUAGUUAGCUAUGGCGUCAUAGCUAGGCAUCGUGGGUUGUUGUGGGUAGUUACUGUAGGUUGGCAGUGUCUUUGAUGUGACCAACAGGCCUGCAUAGUUGACUCAUUUCACAGUGGGAGUCCUUGCAGCUUAAGGGGUUGAAGGGUUCACGACCUACGGAACCCAGUACAGUGAUGAUCUACUCUCCAAGUAGAACACUGCCACUCACAGUUAAUCUGUUAUUUAGAGAACCCUGCUUAUUAGUCCCUUGAUGAUGAAUCCACUCUGACUCCUGUCCCAAACACCCCCAUAUCUAGUGUUUACUCUACUGGCCUUGAGCUAAUGGCUCUCCCUCCCAUACACCUCCCUCCCAUACACCUCCCUCUCUGCAGGCUGAAAGGUUCAGCCUGAUGUUAUGUGGGGCUUUAUUAAAACUCCCACUCGUGGCUAACUCAGUCCAUGAUUUAUAUAGAAACGUUCAGGCAAUGUUUUGGGGAGGUUGUUUACACAACAGUGGAAGUAUUGCACCUCAGCCUCCCUUGCUAAGAUCUCCUGGACGUUAGAAUCAACUCUAUAAUGAUCAAAGCCUGGACGGUGGCUGACUGAAUCACCAGCUUCGGGAGGUGUGUAAUCGAGACGAUCUGAGGGCGACCUGAGGCAGUUGCUGGCUGAUUGGGGGUCGUAGGUCAACCCCACAGCUCCGGUCCAGAGCUGCUGACAGACUCGGUCCCUUUAUAAGAACUCAGCUCCAGUGCCGGCAGCACUACGCUCUUUGUUGCCUAGCACCCUGCUCCUCUGUGUGUUCACUCAGUCUGUUUAUUCCCUUCUGUGUCUCUCUAACCAACACAAAUAAACAGUUUUUAAGCUUUCCUAAAGACCGAAAUUAUGGAUAAUGAUGCUGUUGUUGUCAAAUAUGUACACAUACCAGUUUAACUGUUUCCCUGUGUUUUCUUACCCUUUUAGUGUGUAAAUAGAUUAAAAAUAAAUAGAUCAGUUCUGGGAGUUAUUACAAAAUCUCAAGUCAAAGUAAAAAGUAAAUCAAUUUCCACUGGGGGAGAGGAUAGUUGUUUUCAGUUUUCUUCAAAGUGCCGUGAAACAACUCAUAAAACCAAGCAGCUGCCUUCUGGUGACUUGGAUGUUAACUUUUGGAUCAGAACAUUCUCUUUGAACCUGUUUUAUUAACUGUUGGGCAUUUGUUUUUAGACUGUAAGAAACACCCACUCACACUUGACCUGCACACACUGUAAUCAUCCUCAAUUCAUGCUGUUUUUUUGUGUGACGGUACGGCAUUGCCUUUUUCUGUAGUUGACCCUCUGUUGCUAUUCCUUAGCAACCUUCCCUCCGCCACAGCAUCACCUAAACAAUUAUGUUCUCCCCUCCUCCCCUCCGCUGUGUCUGGCUGCAGAAUAACAAGGUGCGGCGCUUUGCCUUUGAGCUGAAGAUGCAGGACAAGAGCACGUACCUGCUGGCUGCCGACAGUGAGGGAGAGAUGGAGGACUGGAUCAGCACUUUCAACAAGAUCCUCCACAGCAGCUUUGAGAUCGCCAUGCAGGAGAAGAGGAACGGGGACAUCCACGAUGGUGUGUGGGCAUGUGUGUGUGUGUGUGUGUGUGUGUGGGCAUGUGUGCUGUGCGUGCGUGUGUGUGUGUGCGUGCGUGCGUGUGUGUCUGUGUGCGUGUGUGUUGUGUGUGUGUGUGUGUGUGUGUGUGUGUGCUGUGCGUGUGUGUGUGUGUGUGUGUCUGUCUGUGUGUUUGUGUUUUCAGAGUUCAAGGAUGCGAGUUAAGAGUGGAGACAGAUUUCCGUGUGAAUUCUGUUAAAACAUCGUCCUCUCUUUCAACAAAACCCCCUUAGUACAAGGAGAAUGUGCUUCUCAAAGUGUCAGUAAUACAAAGAAAACAUCCCAGGGUUCACUGCAGUACGCUUGUCUGCCUGUCAUGGCUACGUAAGGUGUACUUAGGCCAUGGAGAAGAGGAUGACUUUGGCUUACAUUCUUUCAUCACCCGCCCAUGUAAAUAACCCUGUUGCAGGGCAUAGCUAGCAUAAAGCACCACACUGAUGGGCUGUAGUUGGCUCAGAGUAGUUUAAAACACCUUGGGAGCCAGAUCGGGGAAGACUGAGAUGAUAGUGGUAGACUAGUUCCUGUACAAGCUAAAGCACAUCAUUAGCGGUCCUGUCUGUAAAUGUGAAUUCGGUGUUUACAAGACGUCUCCUCCUAGUCUGUGGUGAUUGGUGGAGCUAGAGGACCACCCAGGUGUUUUAAUACUCUCCUCCUGUCUGAUCUAAGGCCUGAGCCAGGAGGAAAGAACACCGCUACUCUCAGUAAACCCCCUCAGCUUUUAGUAAUCACGCUCGCCUAGGGGGAAAACAACCCAGUGGUUCCCAUAGGGGGCUCUAGGAUCUGAUCUCAGGUCUGCUCUGUGUGUCUGUUCUCAGGGCAGUCUAGGUCACUGUUUACUCUACUUAGCUGUUAGUAAUGUGUGAUUUAAAGAAGAGGUGUGGUAAUGGAGUUGUAAAAUAGUGGAAUUGUUGAACCUCUGUUUUCAAUGGGUGCUCUGCUCUUUUUUUUUUCCUGUUGCAGAUGACGAGCUGGGAAAGGCAGACAGUUCGUUGGGGAGUAUGGACAGCUUUCAGGUGGGUCCUGUUUUCACUAACGGGUGGUCCCAAGCAGAAGGAGUCUUUAUGCCCGUGUUCACAUGAGACAUAAAGUAGUUGCGCCAUGAAAUCACUUCCCCAUGGUAGGUAGAGAGCAGCCAGCCAGUCAGCCUCCUCCCCAAACCUAUGGCUUUAAUUAGCUUCAACUGAUGUGUUUGCGCCUCCAUUUUAAGCAUUAUGUUCUAUCUCUAGUAAGACCUGACAGAGCAAAAAAUAGAUAAGAUCUUGCUACCAUGGAAAGGAAAAUACCUGUCUGUUCGUUGAAAAAUCCCCCCUGAUUAACUCUUUAGUCAUAUCCCUGUUUACCUAUUUGCUUAUGGCCUUGCCUACACCUAGCGACCUUUUAAAAAAAAUUAUAUGAUCCAAAAAUAUUCAAUUUUAUUUGGAACGGCAAGCCAGACGAAAUUUAACGGGCCUAUUUAUAUCAUGAAUAUGAAUUCGGAGGGCAGAAAUUAUUAAAUAUUAAAGCAUUUGACCUCUCACUAAAGGCUUCAGUCAUACAAAAGGUAUGCUUAAAUCCGAACUGGUUCUCUAGCAGAUUAGUCUCACCUUAGAACCUCUCGCUUUCGGUUAUUUGAAAAUGAAAUCAUCUCCAAAACAGUGUUAUUUUUAAUACAAGCCAUAGGUUGCAAUUUCAGUUUAAUCAACCAGAAAAGACAGAACAAAUAAUAGAACAAAUAUUAUUGUUAAACUCAAAUAUACUAAUUGAUUUUAAAAAAAACUAAUUGCAGCAUUACCGCAAAAAUGGAAGAGGCAAGUGGAAGCAGGAAAAAGUAAGGAACUUGUCUGUCGGCCCUGCAUUAAAGACCAAAAUUGGUUAAAGGACAUUGUGAUAAAUAAAAAAGUAUGCCAGUUUCAUUUAAGGACCAAAAAAUGACAGCUGUGCCAUAUUAAUUGCAAAAUAGUUGGGAAGAGAUUUUCGCUGUACCAAUUCCAUGGCACAUGGUUUAUGAACUGAUACGCAAAACGACGGCGGAUUCAAAACUUUGCAUUUUUUCAUUUAAAUUAUUAUAGAAAAUACUUGCAAACAAUAGAAUGUUAUAUAUAUGGGGGAAUCAACCAUCCCAGCUCUGCAGAUUUUUCUGCGAAGAGACAGAAUCAUUAGAUCAUUUGUUUUGGUACUGUCCAUAUGUAGCUUGUUUUUGGUCGCAGGUCCAGGAAUGGCUGAAGGAUUGCAACAUUUACCUGGAGCUAACUCUGCAAAUAGCACUGCUGGGUGAUUUGAAAAGUCAUAGUCAAUCGAUCAAUAAUAUAAUAAUACUUUUAGCAAAAAUAUAUAUCUUUAAUUUACAAUCUGUAGAACUAUGAGAAUAGAAAGGUUCAGAACUUUUGUGAAACAUCACAGUACAUUUGAAAAAUAUAUGGCAAAUAAAAUUAAAAAGAGAUAGAUGGGAGGGGUUGAGUGGAGCUGAAGGGUGGGACUAAAAACAACAAGAUAACUAAUGUAAAAUAUAGUGUGUCCGUAAAAUGUAUAUAGGUUCAGAACUUUUGUGAAACAGCACAGUUAGAAAUAUAGUAUCCCAUUUAGCAGACGCUUUUAUCCAAAGCGACUUACAGUCAUGUGUGCAUACAUUUUUACGUAUGGGUGGUCCCGGGGAUCGAACCUACUACCCUGGCGUUACAAGCGCCAUGCUCUACCAAUUGUGCUACAGAGGACCAUAUAUGGCCAAUAGAAAUCAAACUGGAUGGUCUUCAGAGAUAGAUGGGAGGGGUUGAGGGUAGCUAAGGAAUGGGAUUAAAAACAAACAAAAGAUAACUAUUGUAAAAUAGAUUGUGUCCAUAAAAUGUAUAUACAGUUGAUGUCGGAAGUUUACAUACACUUAGGUUGGAGUCAUUAAAACUCGUUUUUCAACCACUCCACAAAUGUAUUGUUAACAAACUAUAGUUUUGGCAAGUCGGUUAGGACAUCUACUUUGUGCAUGACACAAGUCAUUUUUCCAACAAUUGUUUACAGACAGAUUAUUUCACUUAUAAUUCACUGUAUCACAAUUCCAGUGGGUCAGAAGUUUACAUACACUAAGUUGACUGUGCCUUUAAACAGCUUGGAAAAUUCCAGAAAAUGAUGUCAUGGCUUUAGAAGCUUCUGAUAGGCUAAUUGACAUCAUUUGAUUCAAUUGGAGGUGUACCUGUGGAUGUAUUUCAAGGCCUACCUUCAAACUCAGUGCCUCUUUGCUUGACAUCAUGGGAAAAUCAAAAGAAAUCAGCCAAGACCUCAGAAAAAGAAUUGUAGAUCUCCAGAAGUCUGGUUCAUCCUUGGGAGCAAUUUCCAAACGCCUGAAGGUACCACGUUCAUCUGUACAAACAAUAGUACGCAAGUAUAAACACCAUGGGACCACUCAGCCGUCAUACCGCUCAGGAAGGAGACGCGUUCUGUCUCCUAGAGAUGAACGUACUUUGGUGCGAAAAGUGCAAAUCAAUCCCAGAACAACAGCAAAGGAGCUUGUGAAGAUGCUGGAAAAAAACUGGUACAAAAGUAUCUAUAUCCACAGUAAAACGAGUCCUAUAUCGACAUAACCUGAAAGGCCGCUCAGCAAGGAAGAAGCCACUGCUCCAAACCGCCAUUAAAAAGCCAGACUAUGGUUUGCAAUUGCACAUGGGGACAAAGAUCUUACUUUUUGGAGAAAUGUCCUCUGGUCUGAUGAAACAAAAAUAGAACUGUUUGGCCAUAAUGACCAUCGUUAUGUUUGGAGGAAAAAGGGGGGUGCUUGCAAGCCGAAGAACACCAUCCCAACCGUGAAGCACGGGGGUGGCAGCAUCAUGCUGUGGGGGUGCUUUGCUGCAGGAGGGACUGGUGCACUUCACAAAAUAGAUGGCAUCAUGAGGAAGGAAAUUUAUGUGGAUAUAUUGAAGCAACAUCUCAAGACAUCAGUCAGGACAUUAAAGCUUGGUCGCAAAUGGGUCUUCCAAAUGGACAAUGACCCCAAACAUAAUUCCAAAGUUGUGGCAAAAUGGCUUAAGGACAACAAAGUCAAGGUAUUGGAGUGGCCAUCACAAAGCCCUGACCUCAAUCCUAUAGUAAAUGUGUGGGCAGAACUGAAAAAGCGUGUGCGAGCAAGGAGGCCUACAAACCUGACUCAGUUACACCAGCUCUGUCAGGAGGAAUGGGCCAAAAUUCAGCUUGUGGAAGGCUACCCGAAACAUUUGACCCAAGUUAAAGAAUUUAAAUGCAAUGCUACCAAAUACUAAUUGAGUGUAUGUAAACUUCUGACCCACUGGGAAUGUGAUGAAAGACUGUCACGCCCUGGCUCUGGGACUCUUAUGUUGAGCCAGGGUGUGUAGCUUCUAUAUGUUUUGUGUUGUAGGUUGUGGGUCUAGUUUUUGCAUUUCUAUGUUGGCCAGGGUGGCUCCCAAUCAGAGACGGCUGUAGCUCGUUGUCUCUGAUUGGGAGCCAUACUUAGGUAGCCGUUAGGCAUUCGUUUGGUGUGGUUUCUUGUUCCGUAUUGGUUUUGUGUAGUGUAACCAAGGACGUCACGUUAUCAUUUGUUGUUUUGUUCGUGUGGUGACUCAAAUAAAUAAGUAUGUUCACAUUCCACGCUGCGCAUUGGUCCUCUCUUCCCGACGAUCGUGACAAACCAUAAAAGCUGAAAUAAAUCAUUCUCUCUACUAUUAUUCUGACAUUUCACAUUCUUAAAAUAAAUUGGUGAUCCUAACUGACCUAAAACUGGGAAUUUUGACUAGAAUUAAAUGUCAGGAAUUGUGAAAAACUGAGUUUAAAUGUAUUUGGCUAAGGUGUAUGUAAACUUCCGACUUCAACUGUGGUAUGUAUAAGCUGGAAGUAGAAGCCUAAGUGUUGUUGUUCAUUAGUUUACUCCAAUGAAGGGAGGGAUGGUAGGGUUAAGGGGAACAUAAUGAAGACCUGACAGAUACAAAUAACAGCUCCUGCUGUUUGAAAAGCGACCAAAAGCAGGAGAGGAACCAAUAUCUGGUUCUUUCCCAUAAUGCAAAGCUACAGUAAGAGAUUUCCAUGACCAUUUGCUGAAGCACUCAGUACUUGGGCAGACUUCAACGGCUGGGUUUCCAGUAACAGCCUGGGCUCUGGGCUGGACAUCUGACUGUCUCCUAGGAGCCCCGAGGAGCCUAUAGAUAAGCCAUACUGUAUGUGCAUGGAAACUGUUGGCAGCAGUUAACUAGCAAAGCAGACGUCCGACAGAGUGCUUUGACAGGCUUUGCUGUGGUGAUGGCACCACCUGACUUUACCAUUGAGUCUGUCUGUCUGCUCUCUCCUGAUCAGUACGUUAUAGGAAACCUCAACUCCAGAUGGACUCAAAUCAAGAGAAAUGUUCAAAUGAUAAAAGCAGUUCAAUCUGAAAAUCUUUUGCUUAGUAAGGUUGUGGUCUGGUUAUUUAUUCGAAAAGAAAUGUCUUGUCCUCAGAGUGCAAGAGAUAUUGAAUCUAAAAUGAGGAACGAGGCCAGAUUGAAACUGUUCACCUUGGACCCGGACACACAGGUUAGUAACUAUCGAGUUUUCAGAAAGACAUUUGACAAUCCCCCAGCUCCAAAUUAUGAUUAAAAUAAACCUAACCGCUCUUUUUGUCUCUUUAGAAACUUGACUUUUCAGGAAUUGAGCCGGAUAUAAAGCAAUAUGAAGAAAAGUUUGGCAAGCGCAUUUUGGUCAAUUGCAAUGACCUGGCCUUCAACCUGCAAAGCUGUGUAGCGGACAACGAGGAGGGACCAACAACAAAUGUAAGCCAGAUCUCCUUCCCUUGUUCUCCAUGAGUCAGUGCUCAAUGUGUACAGUCAUACUAUUGUUUUAUAACAAGUAUCUGCUCUGGAGAAUGGGUGAGAGAGAAAGAGAGGGGUGGAGGGAUCUCUGGUGUUUGUCUUUGUCGUGUGGGGGCUCUGGGUUAGCAACCAGCCGAGAGCCACAGUAAUGGCGGAAUUCACUGUCUAAUGGAGGGCAGGCACAGCAGCCUGUCCAUUACCGAGAGAACACGUCAAUCUGUUCAGUGAUACAGACCUGACAGAGACAGAGAUACACUGAAAGGCACUCGGUCAGUCCCUUGUCCAACUCAUGAACCUUCUGAGUCACUGUGACAUCACAGUGUUCACUACACCAACUAGACACGUUUCCUGUUGCUUCGUUUCCAGGUGGAGCCAUUCUAUGUGACCCUGUCGCUGUUAGACAUCCAGAACAGUAGGAAGAUCUCGUCAGACUUCCAUGUGGACCUGAACCACCCGUCCGUCAGACAGCUGGUGGCCGACCCCAGCAGCCAGUACAUGAACGGUGGUGGGGAUGCCUUGCUGGGGGCGCAGAGGGGGAUCCACGGCCUGCCUGAGGUGCCAUGCAGUACCCCAGAC